UUGACAUUAAGAUGUCUGUUUUCAACCUCGCUGUUCGGGCAGCCCAUCAUGUUCGGUACAAGUCACUGAAGCAACCUGUUACGUGGUCUGUGAGGAGAUGCUUUUCUGCAGCAAGCUGCAUCAAUCCUUCAUCUGGCUUGACCGAUGACCAGAGACAGAUACAAGAACUGGCUUACACAUUUGCCCAGAAUGAAUUCUUCCCAAAUAUGGCAAAAUGGGAUCAAGAGGAAGAGUUUCCAGUGGAGGCGAUGAGGAAGGCAGCAGCGCUGGGCUUUGGUGCUGUGGUCUGUGAUGAGAAGUAUGGUGGGUCAGGACUCACUAGGCUGGACUCCUCCAUUAUAUUUGAGGCUCUGGCCCAAGGCUGUACCAGCACAACGGCUUAUAUCACCAUUCACAAUAUGUGUGCUUGGAUGAUAAAUCAGUAUGGCAACGAAGAACAAAAACAAGAAUGGAUACCCAAGUUGGCUUCAAUGGAGUACUUUGCAUCUUAUUGUCUAACAGAGCCAGGUUCAGGCAGUGAUGCAGCAUCCUUAAGUACCUCAGCUGUCAGGAAGGGAGAUCAUUAUAUACUCAAUGGAUCAAAGGCAUUUAUCAGUGGUGGAGGAGAGUCUAACCUGUAUGUGGUCAUGUGUAGGACAGGGCAGCCUGGUGCCAAGGGAAUCUCCUGUAUUGCAGUAGAGAAAGGCAGUCCAGGCUUAGCCUUUGGCAAAAAAGAGAAAAAGGUUGGCUGGAAUUCUCAGCCUACGAGAGCUGUUAUUUUUGAGGAUUGUGAAGUUCCCGCUAAGAAUCUGAUUGGUUCUGAAGGCCAGGGGUUUAAUAUUGCCAUGGAGGGGUUGAAUGGAGGGAGACUAAGUGUAGCAUCCAGUUCUCUAGGAGCAGCCCAUGCUAGUUUAACAAUGGCUCGGGACCAUCUUAAAGUUAGGUCACAAUUUGGGCAGACCUUGGACAAAUUUCAGUAUCUGCAGUUCCGCCUGGCAGAGAUGGCGACCUUGCUUGUGGCCUCCAGAUUACUGGUGAGGAAGGCAGCGUCAGCCUUGGACAACAGGUCACCUGAUUGUGUAGCGCUCUGCUCCAUGGCUAAGCUGUUUGCCACAGAUAAUUGCUUCAAGAUCUGUAACGAUGCCAUACAGCUACACGGAGGCUAUGGCUACCUGAAGGACUAUCCAGUACAACAAUAUAUGAGGGAUUCACGUGUACAUCAGAUUCUUGAAGGUACUAAUGAGAUGAUGAGGUUGUUGGUGUCGAGAAAUCUGCUGAUGGAAUGAGCUCUGAUGAGUUCAGUGUUCUGUGGACUUUACUCUCAGGGUACAUUCAACCUCAGAGGUCAAAUGAGAUGUUUAAAUAAUGUAAAUCAUAGAAACAACAGCUGAAGCCAGGAAUUGGAAAAAAGUUACACACGUGUAAUUUUAUUUAUGUGAAAUAAUCGUAGGAAAUGAUCUGAGCUGAAGCAAACUUUUAAUACUCAUCAAGGACUACCAGUUCAGAGACUUAAAGCUAGAGAAUUGUUGAAUGUGAAGUUUAGUUGUUUGUUGAUAAAAACCGAUGAUAAGGUGUACAUGCAUUGUGGACAAUUGUGAAAAAUUAUGUAGAUUUCGUCCAUCCAAGUGUUACUUUGUUCAUGUACAUUUACUUGUAGUUAUGAGUGAAAACUGUAUUUGUUUAUUUGUUAUAAAAUGACAGAUGACCUCAAUCCAAAAAGAGGUGUGAGAAACAUAUUUUGUGUACGAAAUAGCUCAUAGGUUUGGAUUAUUGUGCCAUGACAGAAAAAGUAAAAGUUGAAAAGUAAAAUUGUGACAUUGAAUAAAACUUUUAUAAAAUGUCAUACUUCAAGUGUAUAUACAUGUAAUACGUGCAUGUGGCAAAAUACAGGGCAUAUGAUUAUCAAAAAAGGUAUACAUUUGAAGAUGUGCAGGUAAUCUAGUAUUACCUCUGUUCAUUUAGAUUGGUCUGAAAACCUUUUGUGAAUUCUUAUGUACAUGUUAUUGUCUGUUUACACAUAUAUCAGGUUGUAAUUUUUUCAUCUGGAGGUUAUUUAUUUGAUUGGUGUUUUAUGCCUUAAGAAUUUUUUUCUUAGAUGUACAUCUAUAAGGCCACAGUCAGCAUUGUGGUGAGCAGAAACUGAACAGAGACCUGGGGAAAGCAGAGCAUCCCAUGUACGACUGGAGAGGAAGCUGGACCUGAACUCACAUUGGUGAGAGACCCCUUCUGGAGAUGACAGUCUGUGAACAUUGCUAAUUUGUCAGACAAUACAUGUAUUUUGAAGUAUCCUUGGAAUUAUUGCCCUUUCUAUGUCUUUUUAAUAAAAUUUAGAUAUUGUACAGACUCUUUAAAAGAAAUAAACAUAUCAUUACAAAUGA